UCACCCUGUAUAAUAGAAAGAGUUAAUUGUAAUAGAGAGGUAAAGUCUAAAAAGGUGCCUCUAGUUUCAUAGCUGAAACAGAUGGAGCGCCAUCUGUUUUAGCUUUAAAAGUACAGCGGUACUGCGCCACAAUGUUUUGUGAUCACUAAAUUGCCAAACAACUUUGGCAAAUAGAGUUGAAAUUCGAUGACUAAAAUGAGUUUUUAUUGCUUUAGUUGUACUUUUGUGUAGGUAUAUGACAGUGACCAGGCAAUUGAGACGUGCAGGGUAGUCAUAAAUACUAUAAAUAGCAGUAUAUAGGUGAUAGAUAUCAUAUCAUACGUAUAAAGCUAAAAUUGAAAAAUGGUAUACAGCGCCACCUACAACAAUGAUGACUGUUGUGUUGUAUGAAAAAUUAAAAAUUGUCCCGAACAUGUAUCUGCUUUUAAUAGGCUUGGAAUGUUACAUAAAUUGUAACAUAUAUCACGAGUAAGUACUUAAGUGGGUAUUAGAUAGUCAUUAUCAUUGCAUAAUUAUAAGAUUAAAUCUAUCAAACAACAAUCACGAUCACGCAAUCCGCACUCAAUAUAUAUAGGUUAUCAUUAUCAGUCUCCUGGUUAUCUAGAUUAAACAGUCGACAUCAUGAGUUUCUCCGGUAAAGUUGUCCUGGUGACUGGCGCGAGCUCGGGCAUCGGCGCGGCUGCCGUAGUGCUGUUCGCUAAACAAGGGGCGUGUGUCGCGCUCGUAGGCCGGAACGAAGCCAAACUCAACGUCGUCGCUCAACAGUGUGCGCAGCACGGACCACAACCCCUCGUCAUCAAAGCUGACGUUGCAGACGAACGCGAGGCCAGCUCCAUAGUCCAACAAACCAUAGAAACAUUCGGAAAAUUAGACAUUCUCAUCAACAACGCCGGCACUUCCAGGCAAGGCGCGUCGUUACUCGAAGGCAACAUUCUGGAAGCAUACGACGUUGUAAUGAAAACGAAUGUUCGAGCCGCUAUCCAUCUCACAACCCUAGCCGCGCCCCAUUUGAUAAAAACAAAAGGCAACAUCAUUAACACGGGUAGCACUUCGGCUCUUCGCGUUCCUAACGUACUGAGCCUGACAUCAUACUCCGUGUCCAAAGCAGCUUUAGAUCAUUUUACCCGCUGCGCUGCGUUAGAGCUGGCACCGUACGGUGUUAGAGUAAACAGCGUCAACCCAGGCCCAGUGAAGACCGAUAUACUGGAAAACUGCGGAUGGCAAAAUGCAGAUGCCAUAUGGGAGAAUUACAAAAAAAGAACGGCCCUCAAUAGGAUAGGAGAGCCUGAAGAAAUAGCUGAACUGAUGUUGUUUUUGGCCAGUGACAAAGCGAGGAGCAUUACUGGGUCUAUGUACUUAUCUGACAACGGAUAUUUACUUAAACAUUAAUGUUUAUUAACAUGUUUACAUUAAAUACGAAUAUAGUUCACAGUGUGCAGCUGUAUAAGUUAAUAAGUUACUUAAUCAGCUCUAUUACAACUAAAUCAUGUACCUACUUAUUCAGUUUUAUUCUUUACUUGGAGCAAGAAAUCUCACUUCUUUCAGCUAGAGUCCAGCAAGAGCCUAGAUAGCCCUCAUCUCAUUUUACUACAAGUAUAAUAUAGGUACCUACUCUACGUACUGCAGUCAAAAAAGAACGCAAUAACUAAGUCGUAAAAGUUAUACAGAAAACACGCACAUUACUAUUAUAAUAAUCACGGUCCCACUGACCAUGACUUUUGGCCUUGGCAAUUCCGCAUUUCGGACGGGCCCUUUUCCGUUACUUCAGUGCCAGGGCUUAUCUAAGUAUUUCUUACACUGUAUUCUAGCAAUGUUACUUAUUCUCUAGAACACUUAUAACUCAUAAAAAAGUAUAUAUCCGUAUACCUACCUUUUUAAAAUAUCUAAGUAUACGUUGAGAACAUUGGACCGUUCGUGUAAAUGGGGUUGGCCGGUCGUAGUAUUUGACAGAUAGCGCCUGCAUAGCUUGCCCUGACAAUCACUAGAAUUGUGUCAAAUAAGUACUUGUUUUUUUUUUUUUUUUUUUAUGGCCUGGAUGCCAGCCCUUUAAGCCAACUCUCAUAGAACAAAACUAGAGAAAGGGGCAAGCUAUGAUGUCGCCAUCUAUGCAAACCUUUGAUAGUUUCCAAGUCCAUAAGUGCCAUAAUAACAUAA